AUAUUACACCCGCCUCGCCCCGACCUGCCGGUGAAGUAAUUCUAACAUGUCAACAGAAGGUGUCAUUAUGGAAAACACAAUGAAUUCUAGUAGUUCUGUGCCCGGUUCAACCAAGAAUAAGAUAAAAUUCUUGCGCUGCCAUUGUGACAAGAUUCUUCCCCGGCCGGUCGAUGGGCACCUUAAGUACGUUGGUGGCAAAAUCCUGGUCAUUUCUGUACCUCACGACAUCGGUUUCCAAGAAAUUAUGACGAAACUCACUUACCAGAUUCAUGGUGAAAUGCUCCUGAAGUAUCAGUUACUCCAAGAGGACCUUGAUGCCCUAGUGUCGGUGAAAUCUGAUGAAGAUCUAAGCCGCAUGUUCAAUGAGCACGAUCGUUAUGAAAGUUCAGGAAGCCCAAAACUUCGAGCUUUCCUGUUCCCUGCAAACCCUGCAGCAAUUGAGAACCAAAUGGCAUCCACAGAACAUGAUGAACUUGAGCUACGAUACAUUGAUGCCAUCAAUGGCAUAAUCCGUGCCACAUCACGUAGCGCAAAACCCUGUCCAACUAUCAUCGUAGGACAACGUGGGACUUUAUUUCCUCGGCAUGCUCCUCCCCAAGAUCACCCGAGAGCAGCACUACCAAAGCCAUGCACCAUGAAAGCCCGCUUCAGAGUUGUCACAAAACGGGCGGAAUGAAAAUGCACGGAGUCUAGAGCUCACCUAGCAUAUGCAACCCAAAUAUACCACAGCAAACCAGCCACUCCGCUCUGCAUUCCCACAACCAUUACCAGAAUUUGGUUCAAUCUCCUCAACCUAACUAUCAGUCCAGCAAACCACCUACUGAUACCCACGGCUAUGGUGCACCUGAAAGGCUCAUCUCAAUAAGGUCUAUAGGACGAGCCGAGGGAGUAAAGUACCAAGUUAAUCAUUGCCGCUAUAACUACUAUUCUAUACCCUGGCAUAACCGAGGAAGCGGAUGUUGUACUAGAUGUAUGCAUUAUGAUGACGGUAGCCAUGGUUUGGAUAGAAGAAUGAUUGACAGGACAGCAAGUCUGAGCUUAAGUCCAACUCCCUUGAGUGCCCAGCACGGCUAUAGCAUCUUAAGGGCAUGGGAAGGACAAUAGAACUGACUAGCUCAACUAUUAACAGAGCAAAUUGAAGGAUGUAAAUAUCUAAUCGACGCAAUUUGAAAGAUGAAAAGUAAUGAACUGUAAAGCUCUUUUUGGUUUCAAUUUUGUAGGGAACUCAGUAAAGAUGCAAUUGUAUAUUUGUAUAUAUGAAAAAUGGAAGUGUAAAUCCUAAUUUUAGGAUUUCAUUUUGAAGGAAA